AUGUAUAAAAAAAUCUUAAGGCGAACUCUUAAUAAUGAUGAUCAUGUCAUCGAUGACAAGAAAUCGUUAUCAUUACUAAAUCGUUAUUAUAUAUUUCUUAAAUGUCAUUAUUUUUUUUUGUAUGCAACUUUUGGUUCAUUUGUUCCUGUAUUGAAUAUAACUCUUCGAAAUCGUGCUCUUUAUGAUAUUGAAAUUUUAUACAUUAAUUUAAUUAUUCCAUUUAUUGUAUUUAUAACAAAUCCAUUAUUGGGAUUAUUCGUAGAUCAUCUUCGUCGUUUUCGUCUUGUAUUUAACAUAAUUCUUAUUUUGGCAACAAUAUCUCUUACUAUUAUGUUUUAUUUACCAGCUCUUAAAUCUUAUUCAAUUGAUGGUCAAAUUUAUAAAAGUGAUUUUAUGGAAUAUUCAUUAACUUUUUGUUCAAAUAAACAAUUUGCUAGUAAAUGUGCAUUAAGAGCUAAAUGUGGAUGUACUUAUCAAGCUUUUUGUAGAUCAUUAAUAACGAUAAAAAAUAAUUUAAAUGAUAAUAAACCAAUAAAAACAUUUCGUUUCAAUUUUACAAUGGAUUCAACAUAUGUUAAUGAUGAUCAUCAAAAUGUUUCUUUACGAACAAAUGAAACUUCUCAAUGCCUUGUUAAUUAUCUUUUACCAAUUGAUCAAACAAUUAAUAUGUAUAAAAUAGAUCAACCUAUAGAUUUAUUUAACGAUGAUGAUCAAUUAUCAAUAAAUCUAUAUGAUAAAAUCGCUAUAUGUUAUGUAAGAUGUUCAAUAAAUAAUAUAUGUUAUGCAUCACGUUAUCCAAAACAAAUUUUAUUUAUAUUAUUAUAUAUAUUUUUAAUUAUAUUUGGUCUUGUUCUUUUUGCAAUAGCAACAUCAUUAUCUACAACCAUAACUUUUUUUACAUUAGAUAAUUCAAAUUUAUUUGGUAAACAACGUAUUUUUGGAACUUUAGGUUUUGGAAUAACAGCUUUCAUUGUUAGUCGUCUUUAUUUAUAUUUUAAUAAAGAAUAUAUUUACAUAUUAGUAUUGAUUAUUUCAACAAUUCUUUGUAUAAUUAGUACAAGUUUAAUUAAUAUACAAUAUGAUAAAUUUAAACAAUCUACAAGAAAUAUUUCAAAGAAAUCUCUUAGAAAAAUAUCAAAGAAUUCUUUUUUUGAUAAUCAUCAACAUAAAAAUGAGAAAAAGAAAGAAAUUUUAUCAAAUAUAAGUUUACUUAUUCCAUUAUUAAAACGAUUCGAUGUUAUUGUUUUUCUUUUAACAACAUUUAUUUGGGGUACAUCAUUUGGUAUCAUUGAUCCGUAUUUAAUAUUAUAUAUUGAUGAAAUAUCUCCAUGUGAAUCUCAUUCAAUAGCAGGAUAUAUAUCAUUAAUUACAGCAUCAAUCGAAAUAUUUGGUUUAUUUUUUGCUCGAAAAUUUCUUCAAUUUUUCGGUAGAAAUAAAUGUUCAAUUAUAAUUUUUUUGGCAUUUUCAAUACGUUUCUUUGGUUAUUAUUUUAUUGUUCGUCCUUAUUUUAUAUUAUUUAUGGAAACAAUGCAUUUUUUUAAUUUUGGUAUACUAUAUGUACUUAUUUGUGAACAAGCUCUUCAUAUUGCUCCUAAUGGUCUCUCUGGAACACUUCAGGGUUUAGUUUAUGGAAUGUGUUAUGGUUUAGGUCGUGGUAUUGGUUUACUUAUAUCCUUAUUGAUUUUAAUAUGGUUAAAUAAACGACACCUAUUUUUAAUAUAUUCUAUAUUUAAUCUGAUUAUGCUUGUUAUUUAUUCAAUGUAUUGUAUAUUAAAUAAACGAAGAAAAUUAUCUGAAACCAAUUUAGAGACCGAUGGUUGUUAUUUAUCAGAUAAUAUUUCGAAACAAUCUAAAUCAAAUCCCAUUGAAGAAUCUUUGUAUAGUGAUGAUUAUCAUCAACAAAAACAAAGAAAUGAAAUAAAAAUUUAG